UAAAGUUGCUAUGGAAACAGCAACUUUCAUACCUCUGAGGCGUUUGUGUGCUACAGUUAGUGGAACCAGGAAAGAUUUGGGGAUAGCUGUUUUUUUCCGUUGUUUGGAAAUAUGAAUAUCUUAGUAUUUCAGUGAAACUUAUCACUUCCUUUCUCAACACUGUCAGUAGAGUGCUGUGUAAGUUCAUUGGUUUUAGAUAUAUCUUUAGUGGAAUUACUUGCUUGUUCCUGUGACAACCAUACAUUUCUGAAAAUGAAACUAGCUACCUCAACUGGGUACAUGUUUGCAAUAAUUCUACAACUGAGUCUCUUUUCGUUAGCCAUAGCCGAAUCUCUCAGUUGCUACCAGUGUUCGUCAGAAGACGAAUACACUUGCGGAGAGUUUUUUGACCCGAAAUUCACUGAUGUCAGUGUGACGGAAUGUCCACUUUCAGAUGCAAAGUAUUGCAUCAAAACGACUGGAAUUUUUUCGGGCAAUCUCGGAGCAAAACGUUUCUGUUCCGAACGUUUCCUGGACAACUACUGCACUUAUGUUCGGAGGCCAGGCGACCAACGCGAGUACCGCUCGUGCGUCUAUACGUGCACGGGUGACGGAUGCAACAGCUCAACUGGAUUAACUCCAACGAAGCUCAUCCAGAUGUCGGCACUCUUACUAUUGACUGCCACAGCCAUGACAUCUCAUCGGCUAUAAACGGUGCAAUUUUUACAUUUCAUAGAAUCCUCUUUUUUUAAAACUGUGUUGGAGGCUACCAACAGUUGUGACUAGCAUUGCCUUUUCUCAUUCCUCCUUUUGGAACCCACACGUUUUAACUUUUGACCAUUGCAACGAAUUUCCGAAUCUCACAUUGUUUCUUCUCUUAAACAGUAACAAUUCGUUCUUCCAUAUAUUGUAGAACAAAAACGAGUUGCCUGACUUUACAUCAGCAUCUCACGUUUAUUUUGAAAGACAUGAAUCAAUGAUGAUGAAUAAAUGUUUUUCUUUUUAAGAAAAAAAAAAA